CCUGCUCCUGCUCCUGCUCCUGCUCCUGCUCCUGCUCCUGCUCCUGCUCCUGCUCCUGCUCCUGCUCCUGCUCCUGCUCCUGCUCCUGCUCCUGCUCCUGCUGCUUUUGAUUGUCUCUAGUGUUCGUUGCCCAUUUGAUCAAUCCCUUUCUCCCGAGUCCUACAUACCAAUUACUCUGCCCAACACGAAAGUAUUGUCUCUCGUGAACUCUGUUGCGAACUGCGAACUCGCAAGCAAACUAGUUGUGGCUACUGAACUUCAGACAAGCCUCUGUGCCGCUUCCUUCGAUCUUGAAUUUCUGCUGGUCAUUUCCAAUCACACGCAUAUCAACCCGUUAUCGAUCUUGUCUUGUCCUUGCCAAUUCAAAACAGAAAAUUUGCUAUGCGAAAAUUCCAUGGAGCCAGAGCUCUCAGCCUCAUCCAUCGUUCUUGGCGAAUGAGGGCAUCACGAACUUUCUCGCACUCACUGACAAGAUCGCUGUCAACGCAUGCUCCCUCUCCCUUCGAUCCCUCGCCAGAGCAUCGGCACCUGAGGGAGGUGGUCCGGGACUUUGCGGAAGCAGAGGUGGACCCUCAGGCUCAAGAGUUCAACAAGGAGGAGAAAUUCAACCUGAAGCUCUUCCAACGCCUCGGCGAGCUGGGACUGCUAGGAGUGACAGUGCCGGAGGAGUAUCAUGGUUCCGGCAUGGACGCGACGGCAGCAUGCAUCAUCCACGAGGAGCUGGCGGCUGCGGACCCUGCCUUCACCCUGAGCUACCUAGCGCACUCCAUCCUGUUCGCCAACAACCUGGCGAGGAACGGGAGCGAGGAGUUGAAGCAUGCGUACCUUCCUAAGGCGUGCUCUGGCGAGCUGGUGGGAGGGAUGUGCAUGUCAGAGGCAGAGGCUGGAACCGAUGUGUUGGGUAUGAGGACACGAGCGGAGCAGACAGGGCCGGAGGAGUUCAGCAUCAGCGGGCAUAAGAUGUGGAUUACCAAUGGGACGUUGGAUGGUUCGACUACAGGAGACGUCUUCCUCGUGUACGCUUCGAGCAAGUCUCCAGAGGCCUCCUCCUCCUCGUCCUCCUCCAAGAGCUUUAGUCUCUUUCUCGUCGAAAAGGGAACGCGGGGCUUCACGCUCGGGCAGCAGAUCAAGAACAAGUGUGGGAUGCGAGCUUCCAUGACAGCUGAGCUUGUCUUCGAUGACUGCAGGAUACCAGCUAAGAAUCUCGUUGGCAAGGAGGGCAAUGCAGUCUACUGCAUGAUGAGAAAUCUCGAGCUCGAGCGCCUGUGUCUUGCUGCGAUGAGCUGCGGAAUCGCCCGACGCUGCGUCGAGACGAUGGCUCGAUACGCCAGGGACAGGAAGGCAUUUGGGAAGCCCAUCGGCCAAUUCGGACAGGUUCAGAGGCUGGUGGCUGAUGGAUACGCCAAGAUGAGCGCGGGAAGAGCCUUCCUCUACUCGGUGGCACAAAAGCUCAAGCUGGAUGCGGAUCCGAGCGAAACCAACGAGAGGAUGCAGACAGACGCGGUCAAACUCUUCUGCGGGGAAAUGGCGAAAAGCGUGGCAGACUCAGCCAUGCAGGUUCUAGGAGGGAACGGCUACCUGGCAGACUACCAGGUGGAGCAGCUCUGGAGGGACUCGAAGCUGCUGGAGAUCGGAGGAGGGACGAAUGAGGCACACCAGAAAAACAUCAUGCUUGACUUCCUUCGCAAGCAAGUCAUCGAGAUUCCUUGAGAUCUUUAUAUACACGCAAAACACGCAAGGAAAGCUC